CCUCUGUUGGAGUGUCUGCUGAGGCUUUGGCGAAUAUACGUCUGCCACCGGUUGACGUGGAGCCUUCCAGCGGGCCGCCCAGCGUCGUCGGAAGCUAGGGCAGUUGGUUUGGCGAGAUUCCUUGAAAAGGAAUUGGCACGGGGAUGAAAUUGGUCGUGUCAGGGAAAUUACGUCAUAGGCUUUACAUCCAGGGCGUCACCUUCCUCCGCCUAUUGGCAAGAGCGAUUUCAGCAGCCCAAACUGAUCUUGCUAGCCUGCUGACCAACAUAGAAAAACCCUUCGAGUGCUUCACACGCCCAUCACUCUACACUCAUUAUAAAUUUCCAUCGCUUAUAACCAGCCCACCACUCUUGCGAUCCCCCGGAAGACAUUAACCAGAAAGCUGCCCGCCUAGCAAGAAACGGCAAUGGCGUCGACCGACAACUCUCGUGUCCUCAUAGCUUCUCUUUUCCUGCCCCAAACGAUCUACCUGGUCUCCCGUGACUCCCC